UCCAACAGGUGCCAUCAGUCGUAGUUCUGCAUCCGUGAGUUUAACACUCGCAACACACGCUAAAAAAGAGAGCAGUUUUUUUUCGCGGAAAAAAAACAAAAACUUUAGUUUUAGUAUCAUUUUGGGUGAAUUUUAACAAACUUUUUCGCCCGUAAAGUGUGAAACCAUUUAUUAAAAGUUUGCAUAAAUUUAAUAAAUAUCAUGACGAGGAUUGUACUUAGUUUUGGAUUAUGCUUGGCACUUUGUGGAGCCUUAGCUCUAUCAGCAAGUUGCUCGGGAAAGAAUGAACGGUUCCCUGUUCCCGGCCAGUGUGAUGCUUAUGUGGAAUGCGUUAAUGGUCAGCAGGUAGAGAUGCUCUGUCCCGAUGGUUUGUUGUUCAACGAGAAAAGCAGUGGAUAUCCCUGUGGUUAUCCAAUCGAUGUUACCUGUGAGCAGAGAACUAAACUUCAAACAGCUCAACCAACCGACGAUUGCCCACAUCAAUUUGGAUACUAUCGUUUGGGUGACAAAAGCAAUUGUGGAACAUUCAAAAAUUGUGCCUCCGGUGUUGCUCAUGUUUUGGAAUGCCCUGAGGGGUUGGCCUGGAAUUCAGAAACAUACCAAUGUGAUUGGCCAGAUCUAGUGGCUGAUUGUGAUGCUGAAGCCUUUUUGGGUUUCAAAUGUCCACAAGUUGCCAAGUCAAACCUUUUGGGUGACGAAGAAUACCGGUUCUAUAUCUCACCAAGAGAUUGCUCCAAAUACUUCAUCUGCAUCAAUGGAUCACCUAGAAUAAACAGCUGUGGAGAGGGAUACGGUUUCAAUCCAGACAUUAAUGCUUGUGAUGGUUUUGAAAAUAUCACCUGCAGUGGAUCAGUUAGGAAUGCCGUAAAGCCAGAGAAAAUAAAUACCGAACCAAGUUCAUUCCCUCAACGGCAACAAUCGAACAAUUAUCAAUCGUCAAAUAACUACCAACAGCCGGCUAAGCUACAAGCACAAAAACCCGGCCAAUACAGUGCCUUCCAACAACAACCCCAACGAGGUGCUUACCAACAACAAGGAGCCUAUCAGCAACAAAAACCUUACCAACAACAGCAAUCCUUCCAGAACUCCGGUCGUCCAAAUUAUGGAUAAAUCUUAUGGAUUCAUAACUUUAAGAAGUUUUUUGUAAAAUUAAUUAUGUGUUGUUUAUUGUAAUUUUAAUUUGUGUGUCAGUAAUAUCUAGUCUUUGGAAGCCAUAGUUCAAUAAAAAGAAACAUUUAAUUAGCUUCAAA